CUCGGCUCUGAGCCGCUCGCCGACCACUCGAGCGUGCUCACAGUGCCUCAUCAAGCACACCUGCACCACCUCCCGCGCUCCCACUCGCGUCCCUCCUCUCGAACUCUCAUCACCUCCCCCCACCUCUCGACGACGAAGACGACGACGAUGCAGGACCUGUGGCUCCGCGCCGAGUACCCGAUCGGGCCCUUUGCUCAAGCUCCCAUCGACCAGGCCGUCGCAGACGUCCUCGCCAAAGCCCCGUGGUCGGCGUGGAGCACGGGCGAGGUCGCCUUCCGCCUCCAACUCGUCGACCGUCCUGAAGCCGGCACGGCCUUCCUCGCCCUCCUCCACCCGUCGCAGCAACGCCCGACCUCGGUCCCGCCCGACGGCCUGCGCUACCUCGUCGCCGAGCCCAACGAGCGCCGCACCCUCACCCGCCACGCCGUGUCGUGCCCGACCUCGCUCGCCAACCCGACCCAGCACCAGUCGAUCCAGGUCGAGCUCGAGUGCCUCACCUCGGCGUGCGGCCACCUCCCGCCCCGCGCGCCCGACCAACCCCUCGCGCCCUCGUCCCCCGAGCUGCGCCUAACCCGGUUCCGCAAACGCUGGCGCAUCACAAAUGGCCUCAACCCGUCCCUCUGGUUCUUCUGGUGGGGCCGCGACGAGUCGGGCGGCAUGGGCCAGGGCGCCGCACCCCAGGCCCCGCCCGGCUGGGCCGCCGCGCCGGUCCGCCAGUACCCGCUCGUGCGCCCGCCCAACGCCCCGACACAGCCCUUGUUCCCAUUCCCGUCGCCCAACCGCAUGCCGCCCGGCGGCGCGCCCUCUGCCGCACCCGCACCCGCACCCGCACCCGCACAACCUCCUCCUCUUCCUCCAGGCGCCGCCGGCCCGCUACCGCCGGGCACGCCCCAGGCCCAAACCCGAGCGCCCUUUGCCCAGCUGCAGCACCCGCAGCAGGGAGCCGGCACGCCCCAGCAGCAGGCGGCGCUCGCCGCCGCGUCGGCCGCGACGCCGUUCGCGCGCCAGCAGCAGCUCGCGCAGCUCGUCGCCAACGCCCACCAGGCGCAGGGCGCGGCGGGCGGCAUGAGCUUGGGCGCGGGCGCAGGAGGGGGAGGCGCGGCGAAUGCCGCGCUCGAGGCGCGGCAGGCGCAGUACCAGCAGCAGCAGCAGCAGCAGGCGGCGGCGGCAGCAGCAGCAGCAGCAGGGCGAGGGCAGCCGCCUUCUGUCCUCGCGCCCGGCGCCGCAGGAGGGUAUGCGGGCGGGCCGCCGCCGCCGGGCAUGGGCAUGGGCAUGAGCGCGCAGCAGGCGAGCCAGCUCCAGGCGCAGCAGCAGCAGGCGUACCUCGUCGCGCAGCAGCGCGCUCACGCCCACGCGCAGGCGCAAGCGCAGGUCCAGCAUCCGCAGCGCCGCCCGACGAUGCCGCCCACGCCGGCGUCGUCGCGCCUCGGUGGUGCGCACGCGCCGCACGCCCCUCCUCCUCCUUCCGCUCCUCCUCCCGCGCUCGCGUACGACGACACCCUCUUCACCGACGUCCUCGACCUCGUCUCGCCGCGUCAGCUCGCGCUGCACCGCCUCGCGACCGCCCACGACCUCGUGCAGCCCGUGUUCGACUCGGCGUGGACGGCGCGCGACGUCGUGUCGGGCGCGCCGCGCAAGAGGGACGUCCUCGACGUGCUCGGGACGGUGGGCGUCAGUCGAUCGACGGGCGAGGUGAGGCCCGGGGGCGCGAGGGCCGUCGUGCCCGGGUUGGUGGGGCGCGAGGGACCGCUCGGCGAGUGCGCGAACGCGGCGGCGAGGAUCGCGGUCAGGGGGGCGAUGGGGGUUGAGCCGGGCGAGGCGGGAAAGGGGGGCGUCGAGGAGAGGAGGAGGAGGCUCGAGGGGACGCUGAGGGAGACGGAGGAGGGGAUUGAGAGGAUGGAGAAGGAGCACGAGGCGAGGAUCGGGAGGAGGGGACUGGCGGCGACAGCUUCGCCAGCGGCCUAAUUCGGCUCUUCUCGUGGAUACCCCUUUCGUCAUACCUCUCUCGUACUCCAUGAGCAUCUGUAUCCUCGUCUCGUUGCCAGCCU